AAAAUUAUAUCUACAAAUAUGCUACCACCUCCUCCUGCAACAUAUCAAAGUGCUAAUGAACUUCUCAAAAAUAUUCAAGCAUUCGCCAAUUCUCAAGGUGGAGUUUAUAAUAGCUCAGAAAUACAACAAAAGCAAACAAGCACUCAGUCAAUCAAUUGUUCUUUUGAAUUAAAGUUUGCUUGGUAUAAUGGUAAAUGGUACAUAAAGAAGGUUCGUAAUUGUGAUCAUAACCAUAAUCUCUCUGAAGACAUAUCAGGACAUCUAAUAGUUCGUCGACUCACAAAGCAACAACUGGAUAAUGUUACAGAAAUGACUAUCUUUGGCUCAUGCUUUAGAGAAAUAAUAUUAGCUAUCUGUCAAAAUGAUCUAUCAGCAUUUGUGAUAAGUAAAGACAUUUAUAAUACACGUGAAUGA